UCUAUCUAAUAACGUAGCAAGCCUGUUUGCCAUGUAUAACUUACACAGUCUGGUCUAAAAUAACUCAUGAUAAAAACCGCGUCCACAGAAUGUCAGAUGAAGAGAUUCCUUCCACUUCCAGAGAGCCUGUACCCGAAGAAGUAGAGGUGAGCAUUUAAAAGCAGACAUCUUCUUUUCAGAAAUAUGAGAUACACUGUACUGUUAGGAAGCUAGAAGUUUGCAGUUUUGUUCAAUUGGGGGGGGGGGGGGGCAUGGCGGGAAGGAGGCUUGCACAUCUGCAUAGCUCUCUUACAGAUGUUAGCUAGCUACCAGGUCAGACGCUAGCCUGGCCAGCAAACAUAACAAUGGUUUUCGUCGUGCAAUUCAUAGACAUUUAGCCAAUAUUCCCGUAGACUUCUAAAUGCUGCCAAUUUGUAGCCAGCAUGACAAGCUUCGGAGUCCCAGACUGAGCCACUGACUGUACAGUAGCUGUAGCCCAGGCAGCGCAACAGACGCAGCCUCCAACAAAUCAGCUGUCUCUUUCAACACUGGCUGUUUUGCUUUGGGGAUCGUCAAGUUGGCUAUAGCUAGCUACAGUAGCUAUGUAAUAUGUUUUAUGAAGAGCAGGCUAACAUUAGAGAUGAAGCUAAAUGCUUGAACUUCAGAAGGCAUAACUUUUUGCACAUUUUGUAAUACAUUUUGAGCACUCAAUAUGUGAACUUGCACAAAAUUGAUUAUUAAAUUGAUUGCACAAGCGUCACAUGAAGCCAACUUGCAACCAAAACCAUAAUCUAUAUUGAUUAAAUAUGUAGAAUAAUGUUGCAUUAAUUCAGAGGAAAUUAUAUACAAUACACAACAAAUUCCCGUAAUAGGAUCACUGAAAUAGCCAAAUGAAAUUGUUUUAAAUUGCACAUUACAUUGAUUAAAUGUUACCGAAUCAAAUGCCAAAUAAAUAUGUACAGUACGUUGAGAAUGUCAUAAAGUGGUCUACUGUGUUUCAGCUGAAGCCACCUCUGAAGGCUGUGCCCAAGGCUGAGGGAGAGUUGGAUCCAGAGUAUGAGGAGAAAAGGGUGAGACGAAUUGCUUUCUCACAAACACUCUCUAUAGAUAUAUAAAUAGGAUUCAUUUGAGAUUUUAAGAUGCAUUUGCAAGAAAAAUAUGACAAUAGGGAUUAUCACCUCACACAGACUAGUCACAUCGUUGGUUGAAUUCUGUGCCAGAUAUUUUAUAUAUUUAUUUUUCUCCAACUUUUGCAAUGGGCUCCCCACUGUGGUAAAUGUGGGGAAUUGCAGUGUGUAGUGAGACUGCAGUGUAUAGGGAAAGUGAAUGGCAAAAUAACAGUUUAGCAUAACAUUGAUCUCAUAUCCUUACUAGUAAAACAUAACCUGUUGGUUUAACUUAGUAUUUUUCCCCUGUCUUUUUAUCAUAGAAAACAGAUAGAGCGAACCGGUUUGAGUUUCUGCUCAAGCAAACAGAACUCUUUGCCCACUUCAUCCAGCCUGCGUCUCAGAAGACUCCUACUUCACCCCUGAAAGUGAAACCUGGACGACCUCGCGUUAAACAGGACGAGAAACAAAAUCUCCUCUCUGUUGGAGAGUAUGUGACUGCUGACUUGUUUUAAGGGUCCUGACUUUAUUUUUAUAUUUUCGAAACGACAGGUCUAUGUUAUUUUAAAUAAACAAGUUAUAUUGGUCAAUAAACCAUUUUACAUUUACAUUUAAGUCAUUUAGCAGAUUGGUGCAUGAAUAAUAAACAAUACAAUCUGUUUACCAUUGUAUCAAUAUUUACUAUUGAAGAUAUCAUUCUUUUUACAAACUAUUUGUCUGCCACCUGUGUUUUUACAGUAACCGCCACCGACGCACGGAACAAGAAGAAGAUGAGGAGUUGUUAUCUGAGAGCCGGAAGGCAGCUAACGUCUUGGUUCGCUUUGAAGAGUCCCCAUCCUGUAUGAUGUUUUCAUAUAGCUUUUAAAUGCUCUUUUUAAUGCUCAGCGCUCCGUGUAAAUGAACGGUAGAAGGUGUUGUAUUCGAUCAGGUGUAUACCUUUAAUCCUAAUUAGCUCCCAUUUGAGAACAGCUGACGAUGGAUACGAGUAUCAUUUAGUUUUUUUUCAUUAACCUUUUACCACAGUGGGCUAAAUCAGGGUCACACAGAGUGAUUCUUGGUAGUCUUAAACAAAUCUACUUUGAAACAAAAAUAUAUACAGUGAGGGAAAAAAGUAUUUGAUCCCCUGCUGAUUUUGUACGUUUGCCCACUGACAAAGAAAUGAUCAGUCUAUAAUUUUAAUGGUAGGUUUAUUUGAACAGUGAGAGACAGAAUAACGCAUGUUAAAUUUUUUUAUACAUUUAUUUGCAUUUUAAUGAGGGAAAUAAGUAUUUGACCCCUCUGCAAAACAUUACUUAGUACUUGGUGGCAAAACCCUUGUUGGCAAUCACAGAGGUCAGACGUUUCUUGUAGUUGGCCACCAGGUUUGCAUACAUCUCAGGAGGGAUUUUGUCCCACUCCUCUUUGCAGAUCUUCUCCAAGUCAUUAAGGUUUCGAGGCUGACGUUUGGCAACUCGAACCUUCAGCUCCCUCCACAGAUUUUCUAUGGGAUUAAGGUCUGGAGACUGGCUAGGCCACUCCAGGACCUUAAUGUGCUUCUUCUUGAGCCACUCCUUUGUUGCCUUGGCCGUGUGUUUUGGGUCAUUGUCAUACUGGAAUACCCAUCCACGACCCAUUUUCAAUGCCCUGGCUGAGGGAAGGGGGUUCUCACCCAAGAUUUGACGGUACAUGGCCCCGUCCAUCGUCCCUUUGAUGCGGUGAAGUUGUCCUGUCCCCUUAGCAGAAAAACACCCCCAAAGCAUAAUGUUUCCACCUCCAUGUUUGAUGGUGGGGAUGGUGUUCUUGGGGGUCAUAGGCAGCAUUCCUCCUCCUCCAAACACGGCGAGUUGAGUUGAUGCCAAAGAGCUCCAUUUUGGUCUCAUCUGACCACAACACUUUCACCCAGUUCUCCUCUGAAUCAUUCAGAUGUUCAUUGGCCAACUUCAGACGGGCAUGUAUAUGUGCUUUCUUGAGCAGGGGGACCUUGCGGGCGCUGCAGGAUUUCAGUCCUUCACAGCGUAGUGUGUUACCAAUUGUUUUCUUGGUGACUAUGGUCCCAGCUGCCUUGAGAUCAUUGACAAGAUCCUCCCGUGUAGUUCUGGGCUGAUUCCUCACCGUUCUCAUGAUCAUUGCAACUCCACGAGGUGAGAUCUUGCAUGGAGCCCCAGGCCGAGGGAGAUUGACAGUUAUUUUGUGUUUCUUCCAUUUGCGAAUAAUCGCACCAACUGUUGUCACCUUCUCACCAAGCUGCUUGGCGAUGGUCUUGUAGCCCAUUCCAGCCUUGUGUAGGUCUACAAUCUUGUCCCUGACAUCCUUGGAGAGCUCUUUGGUCUUGGCCAUGGUGGAGAGUUUGGAAUCUGAUUGACUGAUUGCUUCUGUGGACAGGUGUCUUUUAUACAGGUAACAAGCUGAGAUUAGGAGCACUCCCUUUAAGAGUGUGCUCCUAAUCUCAGCUUGUUACCUGUAUAAAAGACACCUGGGAGCCAGAAAUCUUUCUGAUUGAGAGGGGGUCAAAUACUUAUUUCCCUCAUUAAAAUGCAAAUCAAUUUAUAACAUUUUUGACAUGCGUUUUUCUGGAUUUUUGUUGUUGUUAUUCUGUCUGUCACUGUUCAAAUAAACCUACCAUUACAAUUAUAGACUGAUCAUUUCUUUGUCAGUGGGCAAACGUACAAAAUCAGCAGGGGAUCAAAUACUUUUUUCCCUCACUGUACCUCACACACAUGGAUGGUUAUGAGCUUAAAAAAUAUAAGACACCUGAACCAUGUCAGAUAUAGAGUUGAAAUGUAUCCCAAUAUUACACUUUAUAUACAUCACAGAAGACUGAAAUAUAACAAAACAGUUUGACAUAGAAACACCGGAUCUUCAUUGUAGUUUUAGAGGGGUGCUUUUGGUCAUUGACUACAGGAAAGGGCUACUGACAUAACCUAUUUGAUUUUCCAGAUGUGAAAAAUGGAGAGCUGAGAGAUUACCAAGUCAGAGGUCUCAACUGGAUGAUCUCCCUUUAUGAAAAUGGCAUUAAUGGAAUCCUGGCUGAUGAAAUGGUAACGACUGUACCAUAAACAUGCAAUUAACAAUAGUUUAUGUUUACUUGCCUACAUUAAGUGCCAGAGCCUUAUAUUGAGAUAAAUAUGUAUAUUAUAUCUAUAUCCAAAUUUAAGUCUCUGGUAAGUGCCACUGGUUGUGAGUCAAGCUGUGUAUGACAGGUUGUUUAUUUAAGCAAUAAGGCCCGAGGAGGUGUGGUAUAUGGCCAAUAUACCACAACUAAUAUGAGACGCAACGUGAAGUGCCUGGAUAUAGCCCUUAGCCGUGGUAUAUUGGCCAUAUAUCACAAACCCAAAGGUGCCUUAUUGCUAUUAUAAACUGGUUACCAACGUAAUUAGAAUAGUAAAAAUAACUGUUUUGUCAUACCCGUGGUAUACGGUUUGAUAUACCACUGCUGUCAGCCAAUCAGCAUUCAGGGCUCGAACCACCCAGUUCAUAAUUGUGUAUUGACAACAGGGCUUGGGGAAGACCCUCCAAACCAUUGCGUUGCUGGGAUACCUGAAGCACUACAGGAACAUUCCAGGCCCCCACAUGGUUCUGGUUCCCAAAUCAACGCUACACAACUGGAUGAAUGAGUUCAAACGCUGGGUACCAACCCUUAAGGCAGUCUGUCUCAUCGGGGACAGGGAUGCAAGAGUAUGUCCUGUUUUUUCUCUUGAUUGACACUGAUUGAAAAUGUGCCCUCUUAUAAAGCAUUAUCAGGUGGGUAGGUAACCAAGACCACAGAUGAUUCCUUUGACAAAUGUUCUCCUUAUUGGCCAGGCGGCGUUCAUCCGUGAUGUCAUGAUGCCAGGGGAAUGGGAUGUUUGUGUCACAUCCUAUGAGAUGGUCAUCAGAGAGAAAUCGGUCUUCAAGAAGUUCAACUGGAGAUACCUUGUCAUCGACGAAGCUCACAGGAUCAAAAAUGAGAAGUCCAAGGUAUGAACACGAAUGAAAAUAAUUGAGGGUUGAACCAAGUUUUUCUUUCUACUUUUCAGUAAAAAUGUAUUUUUUAUGAUAUUUAUGUAAUCUUAACAUAUGUCCGGUGUUGUCAGCUCUCAGAGAUUGUCCGUGAGUUCAAAACCACCAACCGUCUCCUCCUGACUGGGACGCCUCUGCAGAACAACCUCCAUGAGCUGUGGUCACUCCUCAACUUCCUGCUACCUGAUGUCUUCAACUCUGCCAACGUGAGUGCUGCCUCUGUCUGUUCUCUCCAUUUAUUUCUCUAGUAGUGAUAUUCCUCUCCUUUAGAUGAAUGUGACUGGAAUACUAAAUCGAGGAAGAAAAUAAAAUCAUAUCGCUCCAGGCAAAAUGAACUGCAUUAUUUUGUUGUUUUGUAUCAAAAGACCCUCCAGCAGUAACUUAAUGUUUUUUGUUGUUCCAUUUUACACCACCUAGUUUCAAUGAACAUCAGUCAAUCACUGAAGUCCUCAGCCCCACCUGACUUGCUUCUUGUCUUUCCAUGAUGUGUCAGAGAGGGAAAGGUAGCCCCGAGCACAGGCCUCCCCCUCAGGCACUACUCUGUUCUGUUGUCAGUUCCUCCCAGUUUGUCUGGGAUCCCUCGAACCCACAGGCUGUAGCUUAUCAUUUGUAUCCUGUCCUUUCUCUAACACAUUCCCCUCUGCAAAUGAAGCCAAAGCAGAAUCAUCUUUACUCUCUUUUUUUUCUGCAAAAUAAACUUUUGCACUUUCAUGGAAAAUCUUUACUCGUUGAAAACAAAAGGAACAUGUUCUUAUAUUCUCAGGACUUUGAUUCUUGGUUUGACACCAACAACUGUCUGGGGGACCAGAAGCUGGUGGAGCGUCUGCAUGCGGUAAGCUGUGUUUCACAUUUCCAUUACGCUCAGAGAGUUCACUGCAGAAUUCCCCUUAUCUAUUAUUCUGUUGAGUUAAUACAUGGAUAAAAAAAAUAUAUAUUUAGUUAGAAAAGCAUUUGCCUUGGUAAUGUGCUGUUUGUUCUAGAGCCCGACUGAUAUAUCAGUUCACUGAUAUUAUCAUCCGAUAUUGGCCUUUUAAACGCGACCCAUGGGGCGGCGCACAAUUGGCCCAGCGUCGACCAGGGUAGGGGAGGGAAUGGCCGGCAGGGAUGUAGCUCAGUUGGAAGAGCAUGGCGUUUGCAACGCCAGGGUUGUGGGUUCGAUUCCCAUGGGGGGCCAGUAUGAAAAAUAAAACAAUAAUGUAUGCACUCACUAACUGUAAGUCGCUCUGGAUAAGAGCAUCUGCUAAAUUACUUAAAUGUAAAUGUAAAUAUCACUAUCUGCUGAUAAUUCAACAGAUAACCGAUAUUCAAUAAAUAGGAUGAAAAAAGGGAAUCACAUGCUUAUCUGAACACUUGUGGCCAUUCUCAUGAUGUCAUUAUUGUCACUAUGUAAGAAAUCAACAUUUGAAGCAUAUUUAUUGGACAAUUGGUCUUUUGGAUGGCAAUUUAUGAGAAAUCAGUGUGGGAAAAUUUCCCCGCUGUAAAACAGUAUAUCGGCAGAUAUAUCGGUAUCGGUAAGUUUUUCCCCAAAAAAAAUCGGAAUCGGUAUCGGACCCAAUUAAACAUAUCUGCCAGGCUCUAGUUUCUUCAGGUGCUGAGGCCUUUCCUUCUUGUGUAAUGUGCUGUUUGUUCAGGUGCUGAGGCCUUUCCUUCUUGUGUAACGUGCUGUUUGUUCAGGUGCUGAGGCCUUUCCUUCUGCGUCGGAUAAAAGCUGAAGUGGAGAAAAACCUGCCUCCCAAAAAAGAGGUGAAGAUUUACCUUGGACUGAGUAAGAUGCAGCGAGAGUGGUAUGUUUUUGGUUAAAAUACUUUGUCCUUCCUAGUGUUGCCCAUAGCUUGUGUUGGUUCAACAUUUCUACCAAUGAAAUUCUUAACAAAAUCAUUUAAAAUGAAACAAUGUUUCAUUGUUCUAUUUUUGUUAGGUACACACGGAUUCUGAUGAAAGACAUUGACAUCCUCAAUUCUUCUGGAAAAACGGACAAGAUGCGUCUGUUGAAUAUCUUGAUGCAGCUGCGGAAGUGCUGCAACCACCCAUACCUGUUUGAUGGGGCCGAGCCCGGGCCCCCCUACACCACCGACACUCACCUGGUCACCAACAGUGGCAAGAUGGUGGCCCUGGACAAACUGCUGCCCAAAGUCCAGGAGCAAGGUGCUACACCCAUCAUUCAAUGAUUUUACUGUAGUUUAUCCCAUCAAAAAAUAAGGGGUGAAAAAAAAUAAAAAAAUACAUUCUACAUGUAUAUUUGAUGUGUUUAUCUCAAAGAGCUUCGAUCUGUGGUUGUUACUGUACAUGUGCAGUUGUAAUAGACUAUGCAAUAGGUUGUCUAUACAAACUCUUGAUAGAUGGAAGUACAUAAUGGUCCUUUAAAAGGCAAGGACAACCUCAGAGGAUGCAGGCUCAAACGGUUGCUUACUGUUGAAGGAUAACAGGAUUCACAUGUAGAAUUUAUAAUUUUCUUGUGAAGCUUUCUUGAUGAGAAAAGUUCAUUUGACUCUCAAAUCAGCCAUGCUCAUUUAGAAUUACAUUAAUCAAACCUUCCUCCCAUGCAAGAAACCCUAUGAAUAAUUGUCUCUCUUUGGAGAUUGCAUUUGAGCUAUGUGACCUGAUAGUGUAUGUAGGCUGUUCUGCUCUUUAAUGGAAUGACUGUAUUUUGUCUCAUUGGUUGCUAGGGUCUAGAGUCCUCAUCUUCAGCCAGAUGACCAGGGUCCUUGACAUCCUUGAGGACUACUGCAUGUGGAGAGGUUAUGAGUACUGCCGUCUAGAUGGAAACACUCCACACGAAGCCAGACAGGUACAGGGCAUGACUUCAGCUGAUGAGGUCUCUUUGACCACAACACAGGCUCCCAUGGAAACCAUAAGGAGCUAUAGUGGAACAGUUCAAUCACAGUUCAAUCAAACCAACCAUGGUCUUUAGUUUAAGCCACUACUUUGUCUACUGUGCUCGUACUGACCCUGCUUGUAAAAUGUAAAAAUGUUUGCUCUAAUGUGUAAAGUGUCUUUACUUCAACUACAUAAAAACUACUGAUAUUUUAGACAUUAUCUAACUAAUGCUUUAUGGCACAGGUGUCAAACUCGUUCCACGGAGGGCAGAGUAUCUGCAGUUAUUCGCUCCUCCCUUGUUCUUGAUUGAUGAAAUAAGGUCACUAAUUAGUAAGGAACUCCCCUCACCUGGUUGUCUAGGACUUUUGAAAGGAAAAAAACAAAACCUGCAGACACUAGGCCCACCAUGGAAUGAGUUUGACACCCCUGCUUUAUGGCCAUGUUUCUAGGAAGCCAUAGAGGCUUACAAUGCUGAAAACAGCAGCAAGUUCAUUUUCAUGUUGAGCACCAGAGCUGGAGGUCUGGGCAUUAACCUGGCAACUGCAGAUGUUGUCAUCCUGUAUGACUCUGACUGGAACCCUCAAGUGGACCUGCAAGCAAUGGUGAGAAACAUUUCAUGUGUGGAUUCCUUGGAAACUUACUUCUAUAUAUUAAGACUUUGGAAAAGUAAUUAUUGGUCAUUUAGUGUGAAAUUCUGUCAUGCAUACAAAAAUACUUGUAAUGUUAAUUUAUAACACUGGCUUGUAUCUUGUCUUGUACUUAUAAAAAGUGUAUUUCUUGUUUCAAAGAAAUAGAUACCUCAUCAACUGAGCCAAUCGGUGUGUUUGUUUUUGCCUCUCUAGGACAGGGCUCAUAGAAUUGGUCAGAAGAAACCUGUGCGAGUGUUCCGCCUCAUCACUGAUAAUACAGUCGAAGAGAGGAUUGUCGAGAGAGCUGAGAUGAAGUUGAGGCUAGACUCCAUAGUUAUACAACAAGGUAUUCAGCAUGGUUUUGAUUCCAACUUCAUGGUUUGUCAUUACAUAGCCUUCAAAUCCCUUAAAUGUGGCCAUAUCUUUGUUAUUUGGACUCGUAGCAAACAGAAAAUCUGACUUGAAUUUGUUCUGUGGCCCCUAUCACUAAAGUGUUGUUAAGCAAUGGUCUUUGGGACAGGUAAGACAGACAGACCUUGGUUAGGCUUGGGACAAAAUGAAACCACAUGCAUGUAUGUAUACAGAUCACACAAGGUUGGUGGCAUCUUAACUGGAGAGGACAGGCUUGUGGUAAUGGCUGAAGCGGAAUGAGUGAAAUGGUAUCAAAUACAUCAAACACAUGGUUUCCAUGGUUUCCAUGUGUUUGAUUCCAUGUGUUUGAUUCCAUUCCAGCCAUUAUUAUGAACCGUCCUCCCCUCAGCAGCCUGCUGUGAUACAGAUACUAGUAUCAGUUUACAGAAGGAUCUAGACCCUGAGACAUGAAUGGAAGAGGCUGCUGCAGGGUACAUUCAGUCCCACACCCCAACUACUUCUCACAUCUUUCAACUUUCCAGGGAGGCUGAUGGAGCAGUCCAACAAACUAGGGAAAGAUGAGAUGCUGCAGAUGAUCAGGCAUGGGGCCACUCACGUCUUCGCCUCCAAAGACAAUGAGCUCACGGACGAAGACAUCAACACUAUCUUAGAGAGGGGGGCAAAGAAGGUGGGUGAGGGAUCAGCACAUAGUGUUUGGUUGACAGACUGGCUCUGUGCUGUGCUGACCUGCCCUUUUGACCUGUCCUAGACGGCUGAGAUGAACGAGCGCAUGGAGUCUCUGGGAGAGAGCUCGCUCAGGAACUUCUCUGUGGACACCGGAGGAGCAGAGACCAGCCUCUACAACUUUGAAGGGGAGGACUACAGAGAGAAGCAAAAGGUAUCAAAUUACUACAUGCUUUGUCAUGACUCAUGACCUGUUAAUAGCAUCAAAGAGAAGCUUGAGAUAAUACAGUGCUUUGAUUAGCUAGUUCCCUUGUGCCUCAGGUUGAUUUUCAUCUCAAUUAUUGAACUUUGUGAAUACUGUGUGAUAGAGGUAGGGAUGACGUGCAGAGUAUGCUAUUCAUAGAUGCUUAUGACAUAAACUUUAUGAAACCACAGUAACCAUGAAAUGAGGCGUGGCCUUGUUUUGUAGCUGAGUAUGAUGGAAUGGAUCGAGCCUCCUAAAAGAGAGAGGAAAGCCAACUAUGCGGUGGAUGCCUACUUCAGAGAAGCCCUGCGUGUCAGUGAACCUCGAGCCCCCAAGGUAACGCCCACUCACAGAUUAAGCACACAGAAACUUCAGGGGCUGCCCCCAUGUUCAUGGGUGAGUUGCUAGUCUGUAGCCAAUCAUUUGUCUUAUUUCCCCCUUCUUCCAAAUUAUGAUGGCCAGUCAAGUCAGGAAGACAGAAUUGAUGUCCAUGGAAGUGGUGCACAUGUUAAUCUUGCUCACCAGAACAUGAUUGAUAAUGAUGAAUGUAUUUCAGGCCCCACGUCCCCCCAAACAGCCCAACAUCCAGGACUUCCAGUUCUUUCCCCCUCGCCUGUUUGAGCUGCUGGAGAUGGAGAUCCUUUACUACAGGAAGACUAUAGGCUACAAGGUAAGAGAGCUGUAGUUAAGUUCAUUGUCUGAUGGAUAAAGAAAGUGUGCCCAUGUUGACUUAUGUACAGUAGCUUUUAACAUGGCCAUUUAUAGUAAUGUAUUUUGGUUUCCUGCACAUGGUAUUGUGACUGGAAUGUCACAUCUUGCUGGUUCUAUUUUACUGAAACAAUUUACAAAGUUGAAUAUUUAAAAACAACAUUUUGAAAUCUAUUGGCUUGGGCUUUCACAGAACCAACAUGUUACUCAUGGGAGUGGUGGAUAGAGUCCAUAGAAGUGUGUCUCAACUCUGACAUUUGUGAGCAGCAUCCCAAGUGCUUAGCUGUGCCGAGGCACUCGCUGCCAAGGCAGACUGCUGAACUGAGACAGAUUGGAGCUUGUGCUCCUCUAUGGUGCCAGAACCACAGAACACACACACAUACAUUCCCCCUAUGCCACCUGAUCCCAGGGUACAUCUGCUCAGUUAGUCUGCUUCCCCAACAGGCCUGUCUAUCGCUUCACCCAGCCUUAGCGGUCUCUCGCCUAGCCUCGUAGCGAGAGACGGAGCUGUUCAGUGUUAUGUCUCAUCGGAGCUGUCUCUAAUAGGAGCUGUGUCUGUUCUCUCUCCUGUGCUGCUGCAGGUCCCCAGGAGCCCUGACAUUCCCAACUCUGCCCAGGUGCAGAAGGAGGAGCAGAGGAAGAUUGACGAGGCGGGGCCCCUCAGUCCUGGGGAGACUGAGGAGAAGGAGAAACUACUCACACAGGUACUGCAGGGCGCUAGGCGAGACACAACUUUCUAGAUUCCUGCGUUCAUUAUUUUAGUAAGAUCCCUAUUUGUUUGUCACAAAAAGUGCCACAUUAUUGGACAUUCUAAAGCUUGUAUCUAACAAGUGCUGUGUUUGUGGUGAAUAUUGUUUCGCAGGGGUUCACAAGUUGGAACAAGCGAGAUUUCAAUCAGUUCAUUAAAGCCAAUGAGAAAUAUGGCCGUGAUGACAUCGACAACAUCGCUCGGGAAGUCGAGGGGAAAAACCCAGAGGAAGUCAUUGAAUAUUCUGGUAAGAUACCGGUCCUCAUCAUAAUUAUUCCAUUAUAAUUGUGUUUCCUAUAGACCCAUUCUUGUAUCUGUUUCAAAUAACCAUGGUUAUUACGGCUUAUAUCUUUUUCUAUGCUCCACACUAGCUCUUUCAAACAUGUUCUUGAUUUAUUUUCAAGCCAUUUUCUGGGAGCGGUGCAAUGAACUCCAGGAUAUUGAAAAAAUCAUGGCCCAGAUCGAGCGUGGCGAGGCCCGUAUCCAAAGGAGGAUCAGCAUUAAGAAGGCGCUGGAUGCUAAGGUGAACUACUGUACUUCAUUCAUUUCUAUUGGGCACAAAAUCAUCUGAAACACAACCAAAACAAACAGCAAAUGCAUCCAAAAUGUGUAGAAACACAAGGUUGAAGUAGUCAUUGCGUGCUAUGAAUAUGGGAACAAAUACUGAACUUUUUACUACUUUAAUACACAUGUAAGUGAAUUUGUCCCAAUACUUUUACUCCCCUAAAAUGGGGGGACUAUGUACAAACAGUGCUGUAAUUUCUAAACGUUUUACCCGAUAUGGAUGGAAAUACCCUCAAAUUAAAGCUGACAGUCUGCACUUUAACCUCAUAGUCAUUGUUUGAUUUCAAAUCCAACCCUAUAGAGCCAAAAUAAGUAAAAAUGCUUCACUGUCCCAAUAAUUAUGGAGGGCACUGUAUUUUCCAUGGUAGAUACUCUGGAAAUUACAUAUUUGAAUUUGCUACUAGCAACCUUUAUUUGAGAAUGCUCCAAGAUUACUUUUUUUUUUUUUCAAAUUUAAAUGGAAAUGUUGUUUUGAUCGUUUCAGAUUGCGAGAUACAAGGCCCCAUUCCACCAGUUGAGGAUUCAGUAUGGCACCAACAAAGGGAAGAACUACACGGAGGAGGAGGACAGGUUCCUGAUCUGUAUGCUCCACAAGAUGGGCUUUGACAAGGAGAAUGUUUAUGAGGAACUGCGACAGUGUGUCCGGAACGCCCCCCAGUUCAGAUUCGACUGGUUCAUCAAGUCCCGAACUGCCAUGGUACAGUAUGUCCUAAACAGUUUGACUAUCUAUGUUACAGCUGUUGGAACGCUUGGGUGAGCAAACAUUGGGACACUUAAAGUAUUUGAUAUGACACCUGGGCUGCCAUUGGGAUAGUUAAUGAACCCAGUUACAGUGUCUUAAGCCCUGUUUAUACAUGGUGCUAACAUGCACCCUUUGUCCUGUUCUUGUCCACAUUCUGAUUGUGCCACAUUUUUUAGACAGGUGUAGACGAUUAAAAGGCACAUUAAGAUUAGGGCUGUGGCGGUCACAAAAUUUUGUCAGCUGGUGAUUGUCAAUCAAAUAACUGUCGGUCUCACGGUAAUUGACCGUUAAUUAACAUAAACACAUUUAGCAUCUCCUGGCUUCCACACAUAGCCUAUAAGCCUAUAGUCUCCUGAGUGCAUUGCAGUGCUAGCUGUGCCACUAGAGAUCCUGGUUCGAAUCCAGGCUCUGUCGUAGCCGGCCGUGACCGGGAGACCCAUGGGGCGGCGCACAAUUGGCCCAGGGUGGGGUAGGGAAUGGCCGGCAGGGAUGUAGCUCAGUUGGUAGAGCAUGGGUUGUGGGUUUGAUUCCCACGGGGGGCCAGUAUGAAAAAACAAACAACAAAAAAAUAACAUGUAAGUCGCUCUGGAUAAGAGCGUCUGCUAAAUGACAAAUUUAACAAGUCUAAUACAAAAUAAAUGUAAUAUAGCCUACACCUUCACAAUAAAUCCAUUAUUUAUUUUAGACAGGUCUAAAGAAGCAUGAUUUGAAGAAAAUGUAGUCUAUUUCAGAAGAACAGAAUAGCAUACUCUGUUGUCCUUAUGUUAGGUCCUGAUCUGGCUAUGCCAAAUGGCUGUGGGCUACUAGUUCAUUUAGCAGACAAAAUUUGCUUAGAAUUCAGUGGCAUUAUUUUAUAUUAUUUUAUAGUAUGAAGAAUACAAUUGAACAAAGCUGAAUAAAAUAGAAAGGAUAUUUUCUCCAAACGAUUUGAGGGAGUGCGCACAUGCGGCUAUUCUGUGUUGAGCGGUUAACAAAGAAAUAGGUACUCCUAUAUGCUUAAUUUAGAGUUAUUAAUGUAACUUUAGUUGUUCUACAAACGUUGGGCUAUAUGUUUAGAUUUUUUAUACAUUGUAAGGCUGCAUGAUGCGACUAAUGAUGAUUUGAAAAAAGUUGCUUGAAAGGCAUGAGCUCUGCUUUGUUUUUUGCGCAGGCUCUACACACUUCAUCAGUCUCUCAUUCACAAUUUGGCAAGCACUUGAUAAUGCCUCGAAUUUCACGCCGGCAUCCUCUUUGUGUGGACGUAAUGCACCCUAAAAAAAUCAAUGCCUUUUGCGGCCAGUGGCCGUUGUGCCCCUUGGCCUGGAGUGCUGCGUGCUCCGAAGCACCUCUCACUCACAUGGCACUCCAUCACGUGAUCGGGUCUUUCUCAAAGGGUACAAGUGAAGACAGACACAUCGGGGGUGCAAUGGCGCGCGUCCUUAUCCAAUUCCAAGGUGCAUAUUGAAGAUAUUGGAAGAACUGUCCACAUUUACUUUUCAUCAGCCAACAAGAUGAGUAAGCCUAACGAACAGCAAAAGCACUAGCCUAUGUCAAUCUUCUAUCCCCUAUAGUACAAAAGUCGACCUAUUCUGUGCGAGAAAUAAAUAUUCCAAACAUAGUCUGGGACAGUUGUGGGAUGCGAUAGAUCCCAAAUUAAUAUAACCACUAGCAUCAAAAAACGUUUUGGCGCAAUGUGGCUGACACAACAGAUCAGAACGUUUAGCUUAAAAUGUUGAUAAACUAUUAGGCUAUUUCUUCACAUUAUAAGCGCAGCAAUGUGCACGUGGCAGUAGGCUAUAAGCGCGAGUGUUCCGUUAGCGGAAAAACACCAUUAUCAAAAGUGACCGCAAAUGCAAUUAUGCAUGUAAUGCUUUUAUUAUAAAAGUGCAUUUUUAAGGUGAAAAUUAUCUUCCCCCAAACUUGAAACUCGCACACUACUUAUGUAUGCCAGUUAGGUUCUACACCUCUUGUAAAGUGGAUUAAUGUGCUUAAUUUUAAGAAGUUAUUUGGCCGCUUUAGUUGUGAUACAAACCUUAUCAAAACAUAUUAGCCUAUGGGCUAGGCUACAUGAGGUGUGCGACUAUGGUUAGAAAAAGUCACACAAACAAGGCAUUGUUUCUUAUGCUGGGCAUCAUUCACAAGUGAUAAUAUAUAAUUCACAAGUUAUAGGCUAAUAUUGUCACCCAUCAGACUAUUCUUGAUUUAAUCUUGUCUUUACAUAUAAUAAAUAAUAUGUGUGAAACUUAAAUAGCGAAUGGAGGACCCUUUUCCCGUGGUUCAUUUUCAUGCCAGCCAGGUAGGCUAUACUCCUGUUGUAAAGAUAAGCAAUGUGCUUAAUAUUAGGAAAGUUGAGAAAUAAAUAUAGUAGGCCUAGCCUAUAGAAAGCUGAUGGGAUCCUCCUCUUUUUAGUAGAGGCUAUCACUCUGUUUUCUCACGCAAUUGCAUAGCCUAUAGAAAUGUUGCGCAUCAUGAGCUCAUGGGCUCUCAUGAAGUGUUUGAUUAGAUUUUUGAUUACAUUUGCAUUGAUGUCAGUGAUUAGAGGGAUAAUGGAGUGCUGAGUACCAGGCAGUUAGCAAGUUUGAUAGGCUACUAAUGACCAUCAACAGCAUCAGAGCUUGUAGAAGCCUAAUUACCGUGACUAAACGGUCACAUGGAAUUUGACUGCCUUCAUGACUGGCCGGUGUGGCGGUAAUACGGUCACCACAAAAGCCCUAAUUGUGAUCUUCCUGACCACCUCCGGAGGUAGUCAGGCACGCAUUGUGUCUGGAUAUCAAUCAAGUAUAAACAGAUCUGGCUGGUCAAACCAUUUAAAUCAUCAUUAUACCAGCUUCUAAACUCAUUUGACAAGUAGCACCAUUGACUUAUGGCAUCAGUAAAAAAUAAAUAAAACAUAAAUUCAUAUUAUUUCAAAAUAGUAUGUCAAAUUAUUUGCAUACAAGGAGGCUCUAGCUAAUCUGGUCACAAUGCGGCUACAGUGGACGGAUAAGAGGCGACAAACCUUGAUCAGAUAGUGAUUGGAUCAUAUUGAUCAGAUCAUGAAACGUACAUGUUAGCGCAAGGUGUAAACGAAGCUUUGGUGUCCUACUCCUUCCCAUCAUAAAAACUGGUUUUAUUACUUUUAUUAUAGACUUUGCAGUGAGUUCAGAGACAAUCUUGUUUGGUUUCUUCUCACAUUAUUUAUAUUAGGUAUGGCUGAAUAUAGAAUUGUAUUUGUUUCAAUGUGUCCCUCUUUUACAAGUUGAGAUGAAUGGGAAUUCAUGGGAAGAAAGACUAUUGUUCAGGUUCAUACAUCACCUGCAUACAUAGACACUUCCCUGCAAACAAUAAUGAGUCGUUAGGACGUCCCCAGGACAUCACGAAAUGGUCGCCUGAAGUCAUCAGGACAUUGUGUCAUGGUCCCCUGGAGGUUUUGUCUAGUUCCUGGUUUGUCCCGGUGACGUCCCCAAAGAGGUUUUUAGGACUUUCAUGGGCUGUUGGGUCAUGGUCCCACGAAUGCCCUCUGAACGUUCUUGGGACGUUGUGUCAUGGUCACCUGGAGGUUUUUGUGUAGUUCCCGGUUUGUCCCGGGGACGUCACCUGAUGGUCGCAAAUAAACAUUCUCCCCCCAAAAAAAGUUAUACCCAGGGCACACGCACCCCAGUUACUGUUGCCAAGCCCAUCAAGGCCCUGAUUGGUGAACCACUGAUCCAGUCACAGCUCUUUGUCUUUUAGCAGUGCUAGGGACACCCACACAGUGGUUUUAACAUAGUGUUUUCAAUGUACAUAUUUUACAUACAUGAUUACAUUGUGUAUGUUUAUUCAUACAGUAAUUAUUAUUUAACAUGUCCUCACGUGGAAUUUGAACUCACAACCUCUUGGUUCAUGACAUUCCGCUCUUCCUGCUACGCCACCAUGUCUGUAUCAAUGACUGGUUUUACCUGUAGGCCUUUUCCUACACUUUAACUUCAAAGUAAGUCUCAGCUCUGUUAAAAAUACACUGAAGAAAACUAUUAUACUUAUCAUAGUGAUUCAGAAGUAACAUUAAAACAAUAAUAUGCCCCACCAACAUCAGACAACUAUACUGAAAACCCAAACUGAAAUUGCUGAAAUAAGUAAAUGAAAUCAAUGAGCGAAUAGUCAGGUUAACUGAUAACUGAAAUAGCAGUGCAGAUGGCACUGUUUUGCUAAGUGCAGAGAUGUGUUAUAGGUAAUGAAUGUGUAUGGGACUUCUGAAAUUCUACAGACUUUGCGGCGCAGCAGAGCGAGCGAUCAGCAUACUCCAAAUCCGGAGGUUGUGAGAUCAAAUCCCAGGUGUGGUCAUAUUGAAAAGUUAGUAGUGAUCAUGUCAAAUGUAAUCAUAUUGUAGUUGAUUUAAGAUUUUUACACUAUUUUAGCUGAACAGCGUCCCACUUACCUUAAAACCCCCAUACCAUUUAAUGGCUUUACUUAAAAUGGUUUGGGACACCAGGGACCAUCACGUGACAAAAACCUGCAGGGGCCAGGACACAACGUCCCACAAAUGUUCAGGGAUCCUUAAGCGGACCAUGACACAACGUCCCAAGAACAUCCUAAAAAUGUCCCCAGGUCAAACCGGGAACUAUAAAAAGGUCCCCCAGAGAACGGUCCCUUGGGACCAUCACAUAACGUUCUUAGAACAUUCUCGGAAAAAAAAAAAAAAAAGUAAGUGGGAUAACGUCACGCCAAAACCCUUAAGGGACCUAAUGGGAACAUCGCCAAAUGUCCUCAGGACGUCCAAUGUUUGCUGGGUUACCUCUCUGGGGUUAUUUAUCAUUACUUUGUGUUUUUGACAAAGUGGUAUGUUACAUGAACUGUUUUGGUUAUUAAAAUGUCAAUAUUAUGAACAAAAGCUGUAAUAACCACACAAGAGGAGAAUAAUGAAUAAAUAUAAAAAAUGGUUUGCUUCAAACAGACUGGCUAACAGAGAGGAACAGCAGACAUCCAUUGUACUAUCGUUUUGUUUUCUCUACAAACAGCUUCCUUUUCUUCCCCCAGGAACUUCAGCGACGCUGUAACACUCUCAUCUCCCUCAUCGAAAAAGAAAAUAUGGAGAUUGAGGAAAAGGAACGUGCUGAAAAGAAGAAAAGGACCACAAAAAGCCAGAUGGUAAUUGAUUUUACCAUUUCAAAGCAAUUGUAUACAGAUUUUACGAUUUUAAGGUACAAAAUGGGUUUAACCAAAAACACACAACCAAUGGUUUUGUUUUUGGGGUAAACAUUUUGUGGGAAGAAAAAGGCAUAUUGGCUAACCAUCUUGAGGAUUCCGAACCAUGUUACCAUGAAACAUUUAUCAAUACUCAUGUGUUAGAAUAUUAAUAUUUCAGUGUUUACGUACAUUGUAACAUUUACAUGUAGACAUGUAAUUGAUUUGAUUCUCAUGUCAUUUGUAUUCUAAGGCGCACAAAAGGAAGGCAGAUGCGUCAUCAGAAGCAACAGGACGCAAAGAGAAGAAAGCCAGAGCCUGA